ACAAUGAUCGCUCACUCAUGUGCGUAAGAAGUGCGUGCGCACGUUUGAUAAAUACGGAUUUUUUUGUACUUACACAGAUUCUAAAUUUCAUUCUUACGACAAAAUAUUGAACCUUUUCUACGCACUUUUGAUAAAUGAGGCCCCUGUUCCUAUGUAAGUCGUAAGGAGCAACGUCGAGUCCAACUGCUUUUAAUUUCAGCUCUGGCGUGUUGUUUACGUGGUGUUCACGUGGGAAAGUGACGUCAAUGCAUACCCUCUAUAGGCGGACGACCUACGUAUAGCUGCCUAUAGAAACAGAUGCUAAUACGGCAUCUAGUUGAUAUGUGGUUGUGCCACUCUUAAGGAAGUCAACCCGAAACUUUAGGAGGAACGGGAAGAAAGAUGAAAGAGCAGAAUGUACCAUUCAUACGUGGGUUUCGCACAUGCAGAAUUAUGUUCUGAUCCGGAUUCAGUCCAGUUGUGGAGUUUGUGAGCAGGUUCUGCCAAAUCCGGUCUGUAUCAGCUGUUUCUACAGACACUGAAGAAUCUUCCGAUGUUUUGAUUUAAGUAGCAGAUGAUACAGUGUAGAACAAACUUCUACAAUCACACAAAGUUAUGGAAGGAUCCAGUUCCUCUUGUUCUGCUCACAGCUGGAAAAAAUCAGACCUGCUGGAGGAGACUGAAGACGUGCAGCAGGAUUGUCAUGAUGAAUCAGUGGAUGAUGUUCUGCAGAGAGUGAAAGACAAACACAAAAGCAUCAUGAAGAACAAGUAUGAGAGUUUAUUUGAGGGAAUGAAAGCACAAGAGAAUCAAACGCUCCUGAAGAGAAUUUACACACAGCUGUACAUCAGAGAGGGAGAGAGUGAAGGAGUGAAUGAAGAACAUGAGGUUUUACACAUGGAGAAACAGCCCAGAAGAACACAAGACUUACAAGACACUCCAAUCUACUGCAAUGACAUCUUCACACCUCAAUCUCAUCAAAGACACAAAAUCAAGAGCGUUCUUACUAAAGGCAUCGCUGGAAUUGGAAAAACAGUCUCUGUGCACAAGUUCAUUCUGGAUUGGGCCGAGGGAACAGCCAAUCAGGACGUAGAUUUCAUGUUCCUGCUUCCGUUUCGAGAGCUGAACUUGAUUGGAGAGCAUCGCUACAGUCUUCACAAACUUCUGCUGGACUUUCAUCCUGAACUUCAAGAUGUGGACUCUCAGAUUUAUGAGGAGUGUAAAGUUGUGUUCAUCUUUGAUGGUCUGGAUGAAAGCAGAAUGACACGGAUGUUUUCAGACCACAGUGAGAAAGUUUCUGAUGUGACGGACGCUUCAUCAGUGGCCGUGUUGAUGUCAAACCUCAUGAAAGGAGAUCUGCUUCCCUCCGCUCUCAUCUGGAUCACCUCCAGACCAGCAGCAGCCAAUCAGAUCCCCUCCAAAUACAUCACGCGUGUGACAGAAAUCCAGGGAUUCGACGACGCUCAGAAGGAGGAAUAUUUCAGGAAGAGAAUCAGCGACGAGCAUCAAGCCAGCAGAAUCAUAUCCCACAUUAGAAGAGCGAGAAGCCUCCACAUCAUGUGUCACAUACCGGUCUUCUGUUGGAUCUCCUCCACUGUGCUUCAGAAGAUCCUGACACAAGAUCACAGUGAAGAAAUCCCCAAAACUCUGAGUGAAAUGUACAUCCACUUCCUGCUGAUCCAGAUGAAGAUGAAGAAUGAGAAGUAUGAUCCAGAGAGAGAUCCAGAGAUCAACAGAGAAGUGAUUGUGAAACUGGCUGAAGUGGCUUUCAAACAGCUGAUGAAGGGCAAUGUGAUGUUCUAUGAGGAGGAUCUGAGAGAGUGUGGGAUAGACAUCACUGACGCCUCGCUGUAUUCUGGCAUCUGUACUGAGAUCUUUAAAGAGGAACCUGUCAGUCAUCAGAGGAAGAUCUACAGCUUCAUACAUCUCAGUCUUCAGGAGUUCCUCGCUGCGUUCUACGUGUUUUACUACUACAAUAAACAAGAGACGUCACAGUUUUUGGAUGUAAUUUACACUUUACUCAAAGGUGCAGUAGAUAAAGCUCUUGAGAGUGAAACUGGUCAUCUGGAUCUUUUCUUGAGGUUUCUGCUGGGCAUCUCACUGGAGUCCAAUCAGAGACUCUUACAGGAUCUACUGACACACACGGUGGACACCUCACAAACCAUCAAGAAAACCACACAGUACAUCAAAGAUCAAAUCAAGUGUAAUGAUGGUCUGUCAGCUGAAAGAUCCAUCAAUCUGUUCUUGUGUCUGUUUGAAGUGAAAGAUCAGACUCUGUACAGAGAGAUCGAGGAGUUUGUGAGAUCAGACAAACACUCAGAGAAGAAACUCUCGGCCGCUCACUGUUCAGCAAUAGCCUACAUGCUUCAGAUGUCAGAGGAGGUGAUGGAUGAGUUUGAUCUGAAGAAAUACAACACAACACAGGAGGGCAGAAGAAGACUCAUACCGGCUGUCAACAACUGCACAAGAGCUCUACUUGCUGACUGUAAUCUCAAUGAUCAAUCCUGUGACAUCAUCUCUUCAGCUCUUCAGUCCUUAGAUUCUCCUCUGAGAGAUCUUGAUGUGAGUAACAAUGAUCUUCAGGAUUCAGGAGUGAAGCUGAUCUCUGAUGCUCUCAACAACACAAACUGUCAUCUACAGACACUGAGGUUAUCAGGUUGUAUGGUGACAGAUGAAGGAUGUUGUUAUUUGGCUUCAGCUCUGAGUUCAAACCCGUCACACCUGAGAGAACUCGACCUGAGCUACAAUCACCCACAACACUCAGCACUUCAGCUGCUCGCUUAUCAAAGUGAUCCAAACUACACACUCAACAAACUCAAUUUGGAUCAUGGAGGACACUUCAGGAUCACACCAGGACUGAGAAAAUAUGUCUGUGAUAUCACACUGGAUCCCAACACGGCCAACGUUCGACUCGUUCUGUCUGAGGAGAACAGGAAGAUCAUGUAUGUUAAAGACCCACAGUCGUAUCCUGAUCACACGGAGAGAUUUGAGCACUUUGAGCAGAUUCUGUGUCGAGAGAGUCUGACCGGACGCUGUUACUGGGAGGUGGACUGGACGGGAUAUGCUGAUGUGUCUGUGACAUAUAAAGGAAUCGGCAGGAAAGGAGGAGGAGAUGACUGUCGAUUUGGAUGGAACGAAAACUCCUGGAGUCUCUUCUGCACAGCUGAUAUAUUCAGUGUGUGGCACAAUAAUAAAAACAUUUACAUAACUGCUCCUUCACCUCCAUCUUAUAGAGUAGGGGUGUAUCUGGACCGGCUGGCCGGCGCUCUGUCCUUCUACAGCGUCUCUGACACACACACACUCACACACUUACACACAUUCAACACAACAUUCACUCAACCUCUGUAUGCUGGAUUUAGAUUAUUUCCUAAAUCAUCUGUAUUUCUGUGUCAAAUUGAACAACCUACUGUGAUGAACAUCUGAGGCUUCACAUGAACAAAAUCCAAAUUUAUUGACUUUGCAGCAAGGUCAGAGGUGAUUUGGAAAUGAAAGUAAAUAUCAAUCAAGUAAUGUCAAUAAAUUCAAAUUUUGUAUUAUUAUUCAGUGUCUGUAAUUUGUCUAAGAAAUAUUGAAAUGCAUAUUACAAUUGUUCCAUUGACAAAGUAUAUUCUUUCAUUUCCAAACAGACACCACUCUUUAAACUUAACUUAUAAAUCUCUCCACAUUUCAUUUCAACCACCUUAAAUUAUUUUACAAUAGUGCAAUUUGACCAGCUUAAACCAGCAUCAAAACAAACCAAACCAGCAUAUUCUGUUUUUUUUCAACAGGGCUAUGACUCACACUCAUAAGCUAUUUAUAAUAAACAGUAAUAUUCCAUGAAGAAAUAGGAAUUGUCAUUUUUUAUUUCAUUGGGACUUUAAAGGGAUUUUCCACCCAAAAAUAAGAAGGUAGACUGUUUUUAUGUAAACUGUAGCAGAUGAACCAGUUAAUUUUCGUAAUGAUCAGAAUAAAUGAAGUGAAGAAUCUAGUGUUGAGUGUGUUGUGUCUCCAGUCCAGCAGGAGUCGCUCUGCAGCUCUUCAGUCCGCCGAUAAACCCACUAAAGAAAGAAAGAAAGUCAAACAUCAAGCGCUGCGUGUUCACAUCACUCUGAUUUUCUCUCUUUAGUGGUUUAAACAGAGUGUUGUGUGUGUGUGUUUGUGUUGAGAUGUUGAGGAUGACGUCACAGAUGUGCUGUAAAUCAGUGGGAACUGAUCUGUCCAUGCUGGAUAUUGAUGAUUUCAUCACAGAAAUCUGUCAGCUGAAGAAAGAGGUGGCGUUACUGGAGGAAAAGCUGAGGACAAGAGGAGAUGAACUCAACACU